AUGUCCUUUCCCGGGAGAUAUGACAACGGUGUAAGGGUUGAAGGGAAAGGAGUAUACCUGCUCCUCUGGACGACCUCUGCGGAGUUUCAAUUCCACUGGGGGAUAUUCAUUGCUAUGAGCGAGAAGGUUGGAACUCUAUUCCACCAGACCUACGAUAGCCAGAUAUGGACUUUCAGACCGGAAAUCAGGGACAUUACACAGUCCAGAAGCCUCCUCUGCGCCCUGAAACUUGGUGUCGUUGAAGAUAACAGGGGCACAUGGAUGAAUGCUAUCGAAGCCUGUGUUCGCGAAACGGAGGUGAAAGGGGAAUUUACUUGUCGAACUUGGGCACUGGCAGCCGUUUUCGAACUAGCUGAUGGAGGCUUUAUUGGCAUGAUCCCUUCCUGGGAUGUGAUUUCCAAUAUCGAGACGGAGGCGAGGUUUUUGGCUGGUGAUUCUUAUACUACUGGGGGGACGGCAGUUGAGACUAGCGAUUAUAGUCUCGCCUGA